GGCUGUUAUUUGAAUUUAUUUCAAUUGUCUUGUGUAAAUCAUUUAUGUUUCCCAAUGAUUUUCAUCAUUCAUUUUAUUCUCUCUAAUCAUUUGUAUAGAUAUUCGAUGUGUUUAAUUGUAUAUUUUAAUUUAAAAAUUCUUCGUUUGAGUCAAAGAAAUCACACAACAGCAGACUACGGCGUGCCAUAUGUGUUGGGCGUUGUGUGGCUUCAUCUUUGCUUCAUAUUAUAAUCAGCUGGCUGCGCUGUUGUCCGUAUAUAUGGAUUCCUGUUUGUCUUGCCAAGCUAAGUCCGUAUCCAAGCUAAGAAAGUACGAAAUGACGGCAAGAAAAUGACAUAGGAAUUGUGAAAAGAGAUUUGCCAGAUCUGUGAUGUUGACAACCAGAACAAAAUCUGCAUCGUGAUCCUGUUUAAAGAGAUCUCUCAUAUUCAAGUGAUGAUGGGAUGAAAGGAUGCUAAUGGUAUAACACCAACCACAGCCAUCACAGCAUUCGAUAUAGCAUCAAGGAUCCUGGUAUCUGGUUGGUCUCUUCUUUCUCCACUUUGAUGAGUGUAGAUCAGUCGGCCUGCAGAUGUGCAAGUUCAAGAAACAUUCCAACAUGGAGGAACACUGAAUGAUCAGAUUUAUGCCAUGCUUGAAUGAUGCUACGGCCAACCCUGUCAAUCUAUCUGGUAGCACAAAAUUGCAUAAAAGGCUCUUCCUGGGGGAUUUUUCAACAUGUAGUUCAAGAGGCUUCAUAUGCUGCACAGUAAUUGGAUCAGUGUUCUAAUCAGUAUUUGUGACUUAUUACCUCAAUGUUAUUUGAAUUAAAGAUGAAGUGAUUCAUUGGUCAUUUGAGAUCAGAAAUUACUGUACAUGCAAACUAGCCUGAUGUCAAAAGAAUGAAAACAAAAUGUGAUCCAGCUAUUUAGCAGUGUAUACUGACCUUUCAGUUCUUGCCAUUUCCUUCAACUGCAUUGCACUGUUGUCCAAUGGAGCACUGCCUGAACAGAAUGUGGAAUCUUGGCCACCAUGAUCAGUAAAUUCUUAAGAGCAGUAAUACUACACAUGAGUGAAAUUUCUUUCGGUCAACAGAACAUGCAGUACUCAAACAAGGUUGCAAAGGAUACCAGAUCUAGUGAACAAACAUCAGUUCAUUGACGUUGCAGUUAUCACGUAGACUUGCUAUUUGAAGAGAGUGUUUUAUUCCUUUUUCUUCAUCAAAGUGUUCCAGUUAGACAGGAGUGAGGAGGAUCUGGAGGACACAGGGAGUUCCAUCAUGCAGUUAACCCAUUGACUUCCGUACUGUCAUCGGAACUGAACUUGGAUACUAUUUAAUAUUCAGUCAAAUAUUGAUGAAUUUGAAUUCUAUCAAGAUCUUAGUAUGGAAAAGUAUGUGUAGGGCAUGGGAUAACAUUUUAAUCGUAAUUGGAUUUUGCUUUUGAACAUUGAAAAUAUCAAAAAGUUUAUUUUCGAGCAAAGAAAACUAUGAAAGAUUGAAAUUCAGUUUAUUUUGGCAGUGUACGGAUAUUGUUUCAUAAUUGGUGUGCUUGUUCCGUCAUUUUGUCAUUUAUUGUUUGCCAGAUGUACAGUACAUGUAGAUUGUUUGUAAACAUUUUCUCUGUAUUGUAGUUUUCAAAUUCAUUCAUUCAUUGUGAAGGUAAUUUUCACAGUUGUGCACAUCCACUGUUAUAUAGUUAACAUCACAGGUGUAGUACAUGUAAUAGUAUAAUACUUGUAUUUCAAAGGCCACAGGCAGAAUACAAAAACAGGGUAUGCUCUAAAGAAAUAGGAGUCACACAGAGUACGCACUGUUUAUCAAAUAUUUCUGUCCUGUCAUUAUUGUGUAAAAUUAUUUGAUUUUUGUGCCCUAUUGGACAUGGAUUAGCAGGGUUUCUGUUUAUUUGAAUUUACAUGUGCACCACUCAUGAUUGGACGAACACAAUUUUCAUGAUACUCAUUUGAAUAUCAAAAAGUUAGAACAAAAUAGUUUUGCAUACUGUACAUGGGCAAAUACUAUGAUGCAGUUAUUGUCAAAUUUCAUCAGUAGCUGUUUAUUAAGUUGAAAUACUUCUAGUUUGUUUUUGUUUAAUUUGAGUAAUUUUCAAAAUGUUUUUAGUAUUUUUUUCACAAAGACUGAAAAGAGACAUACCUUUGAAUUUGGAAAGAAACUCCGAAAUCUGCAUUUUGUAUGAAUAUGCAACAUAAUCUACAUGUUUAAUGUAGAUGUAGUUUCGAUAGUAUAAAGUACAUGUAAAUCACUAAUUUCAUUUACUGCAUGAUACUUAUUUGUGUAAUAGUAGCUAUUAAACCAUCUCGAAACAAUUAUUGCCCAAACUAAAUAAAUGAAAUUGCCAUGUACGAAAGAUGUAAAAGAAUAUUAUAUAUGAUAGAAUAUAUUCUUGUAAAAACAGGUGAAUAUAUGUACAUGUGCACAUAUAUACAUUUGAUAUGUCGAUCUUGCCACUGUUGGACAGCUGAAUAGGAAUGAUAUUUCAGGGCUGGAUAUUUAAAUCAAAGAGCCUGGUUCUGAAAAGUUUCCAAGUCAGAAGCGUUCCAGUGCAUCUGCAUCCUGUCACCAUGGAAACCACAACCACAGCCAUCACCACUGCACUAUCCUCAGCGGUUAUUUCCACACAGCCAACAUCUUGGGAACAGUGGGAACUUACAUGUAAUAACACAGAUGUUUCCUUGAUGCCUCUGAACAACGGAUCUAACGUGACACUGGCUGAGCCACCGAUGGGCUUAGGCGCAGUCGUCAUCUUCAGCUUUCUCAUGGUGUUGAUGAUAAUGAUUGCUGUGCUAGGAAAUUGCAUUGUGUGCUUGAUUGUGUACCAGAAGCCAGCCAUGCGAUCUGCCAUUAAUCUGCUCCUAGCAAACCUUGCCUUUGCGGACAUCAUGGUUGCGGUGACCUGCAUGCCCUUCGCGCUCAUUGCUCUCGUACUGGGUGAGUGGAUCCUAGGAGACAUCAUGUGCAAGAUAACCGCAUUUCUCUAUUUUCUAUUCAUCACAGAGGCUACAUUUAUUCUUGCCACGAUAUCGGUGGAUCGUUACUUCAUCAUUGUUCACCGCAAGGACAAGUUGAAUCCACACAGGGCCAAGCUUCUGAUACUGUUAUCUUGGUUCUGUAGCUUUGUGGUGGCGUUUCCUCCUAUCAUUGGCUGGGGCAAGUAUGCAUUCCCCAGGGGGCCUGGGCCUCCACAGUGCUGGGUAGAAAUGGAUCUGUCAUCCGACAAAGUAUACUACAUCAUGCUCAUGUUAGCUGUGUUCUUCAUUCCAUUCACAGCGAUGCUUUUCUCGUACUUCUUCAUCCUCAACACAGUGAGACGCAACUCGCUGCGGAUACAGAACCAUCCAGAGUCUCUCAGCAUUAGUCAAGCCACCAAGCUUGGGUUGGCCGGCUUACACAGACCUUCCCGCGUUAACGUUGACAUGAGCUUCAAGACUCGAGCAUUUACGACCAUUCUACUUCUUUUUAUCGUGUUCGUCGUCUGCUGGGCUCCUUACGCCAUCAGCGGACUCGUCUACCAUUUUUCGUCAUGGACAGGAGGUAAUGUGAUGCACACUAUUGUGUUGUGGCUCACGUACCUCAACUCCGCGUUCAAUCCUAUUAUUUACUGCUGGCGUAUAAAAAAGUUUCGGGAAGCAUGCCGCGAGCUGGCCCCAAAGACAUUUAAGCUCUUGCCCCACUUGCCCGGAAGGACAAGGCGCAGGAUUCGACCAAGUGCAAUGUAUGAGUGUAAUCAGCAAUCAUCAGUAUGACAUGCCAACUCGUUAGAUAGCUUUACAAAAGAGUAUUAGACCAGAGAUUUCUAUUUGUCUCCUUUGUAUUCAGGAAAUCAAUUUUUGAUCAUUUUUAAUUGAUUAAUUAGAUGUACAUGUGAAUAUGUUACUAACUUGUGCUAUGGAGUCGUUUUAUGUGAUUAUAAUGUACUACUCAACUCACUUAUCUAUGCUGCGUUGAAAUAGUUUUUUUCUGCCAAGAUAAAAAUUGCUUACAUGUUAUUUACGUGGAGAAAUUGCAGAACAUUUAUUAAGUAAUUGCCAGGUCAACUCUUUGCCACAUGUAUACAUGUGCUCAACUCAGCAUGGCUAUUAGAAAUACUCUGUAUUAUUAUUAUUAUUAUUGUGAUUUUAAU